AACCCCGCCCCCACAUACUCCAAUUUCUUCUCUCUGCGUGGAAGUGUAGGUUUUGAAAUUUCUGUUCAGGCGACGGAGACGGCGGCGGCGGAGGAAGACUCUACCUUCUUAGAUAGAUUCAAAUAGGGUUCCCCACAGUCCAAAAAUCUACGAGCUUUUCAGCGUUUUCCCUCAUCAAUGGCUACUUCACCCGAUAAAUUACUGAAUGAAGUAGACGAAGAAGAUAAGAAUUUCGAAGAGCUUGGAAUUGAGCCUCGCUUAGUUCGGGCACUCACUAAAAAGGGUAUUGAGAAACCUACUCCUAUUCAACAAGUUGCCAUCCCGCUUAUACUAGAAGGUAAAGAUGUUGUUGCUCGAGCGAAAACUGGUUCUGGUAAAACCCUCGCUUACCUUCUUCCCAUGCUACAAAAGAUUUUUUCUAAUACUGUUGAAGAAAAGAGGCUUGCUCCUACUGCGUUUGUUCUUGUUCCCACUCGGGAAUUAUGCCAACAGGUUUAUUCGGUGGUGCAAUCCUUAAUUGAGUUUUGCCGGGUGCAAUUCAGAGUUGUUCAGUUGGCAAGCACUAUGACUUCUUCUGACAUGAAAACAGUCUUGGCUGGAAUUCCUGAUAUUCUGGUUUCAACUCCGGCUUGCAUAAGAACGUGUUUAUCAGCAGGUGUUAUUCAACCAAAAUCUCUUCAGGAUUCGCUUUCAUUUCUGGUGCUUGAUGAGGCGGACCUUCUUCUGUCAUAUGGAUAUGAAGAUGACCUGAAAGCUCUGGUUACCCAUGUCCCUAAACGUUGUCAGUGCCUUCUUAUGUCUGCCACUUCAAGCUCUGAUGUUGAAAAGUUGAAAAAGCUUGUUUUACACAAUCCCUAUAUUUUGACUUUACCUGAAGUGGGAGAAGGAAAUACUAAGGAUGAUAUAAUCCCCAAGAAUGUUCAGCAAUUCUGGAUUUCGUGCGGUGCUCGCGAUAAACUUCUCUACACUCUUGCUCUCUUGAAGUUGGAAUUGGUACAGAAAAAAGUACUUGUAUUUACUAAUACUAUAGACGCAAGUUUCAGACUGAAGCUUUUCCUGGAACAGUUUGGAAUCAAGUCUGCUGUCUUAAAUUCUGAAUUACCUCAGAAUUCUCGAUUACAUCUUCUGGAGGAAUUCAAUGCUGGCCUUUUUGAUUACCUAAUUGCAACUGAUGAUAACAAGACUGGAGAAAAGGAUAAUGCAGAGGAGAGUGUUGACCCCAAAAAAAACAAAAGACAGAGAAGGAAAUUAGAUGCCGAAUUUGGUGUCGUCAGAGGCAUUGACUUCAAAAAUGUGCACACAGUUAUAAAUUAUGAUAUGCCUCAAAAUCCUACAGGAUAUGUACAUAGAAUUGGACGGACAGGGAGAGCCUAUAAUACUGGUGCUUCAGUUUCUCUUGUAUCCCCAGAAGAAGAGGACAUUUUUGAAGAAGUAAAAUCUAUUCUUGGAGAAAAUGCAGCGGAAGACUCUACCUUUAUCGCCCCAUUUCCUUUACUCACUAAGAAUGCUGUUGAGUCCUUACGAUAUAGAUCUGAGGAUGUUUCAAGAAGCAUAACAAAAGUUGCUGUCAGAGAAUCAAGGGCCCAAGAUCUCAGAAAUGAAAUUCUUAAUUCAGAAAAGUUGAAAGCACAUUUCAGUUUAAAUCCGAAAGACCUGGAUCUUUUAAAACACGACAAAGCAUUGAGCAAGAAGGCACCUUCUACUCAUUUGCGUGAUGUCCCAGAAUACUUACUAGACGCUACUACAAGAGAAGCAAGCAAAAUCGUGAAGCUUGCUAGAGCUGCCAUGGGAAAUUCGAACCCUGCUCGACGUAAGGUGGGCAACCAGAAGAAGAACAAUCGAAACAAAGAUCCUCUCAAGUCUUUCUCUGCUGAGGGUGGUGCAAAAGGUGGGAUGAAAAGGAAAGGAAAGGCAAGUCAUGAAGGUCGGGAGAAGAAAAACAAACAGUAAACCCGAUGGAGAAACGCCUGUGAACUGUUUAAUUUAUGUCGUGAGAUCGUGUCGCAAACAAUUGUGUCAUCUCAAUUUUGUCGGUGAAAGAUUUGUUUUGUUUUUUCCUUUUUAUAUUAUAUAGCAAAUUUUCCCUGUAUUCAUUAGUCUUUUUCCAAUGACCAUAUUUGAAAACCUUAUUUUUAUCAGUCAAAAUUACUCUCAUCAGAAAAUA